UGUCACGUUUUUCAAGUAUAUUCCAUUGAUUUCUUUGAAGAAUACCAAAGAUGAUAAGGAUGAUGUUUCAACAUGCGAAGAAGCAUCCAGGGUUAAUCCCGCAAUUUUUCUUCCUGACUCUCGGCAUCACAGGGGCCAGUCUUUAUCUGAUUCGUCUGGCAAGAGGACCUCAUGUCACCCUCUGGGAUAAAAAGAACAACCCAGAGCCUUGGACUAAACUCGAUCCAACCUACCAAUACAAGUUUGUGGCCGUCAGCACUGACUACAAGAACCUGAAGAAAGAGGGCCCUGACUUCUAAAGGUCCUCCACGCAACUGCAGGGACACCAAGUUUGGAAUGAACUCCUUCUGUCACCUCAGAGAUGUAAAAACGUCUUCCUGGACAUUUUGUCUUUCUCACAAAAUGCAGAAAAGAAAUAAAUGAACAUUGUAAGAUAGUGAAACAAAACUAUU